AAAGUGUUCGAUCAAUUGCCACGAGAUGCAACUCGGCGCCCGCACGAUGCGCGCUCGUCCAUCAUCAUCUUCGAAGUUAACGUUGAAGCGGUGCUGAAACUCCAACCAAACUCCUCGGCUUCUCCGCCCGAAGCCAAGUCCAACAUCCCUUAUAAACCCAAUCUAGAGCAUUUCAUCGAACACCUCGUCUGCAUCAAUGGCGCUCUCCUUCUCCUCCUCCCUCUCCUCCUCUCGCCCUCUCCUCCGCCGCCCCGCUUCUGCGCCUCGUUCUUCUCGGGCGCUUACCGUGCAGGCCAAGAUCCGCGAGAUCUUCAUGCCGGCGCUGAGCUCCACGAUGACGGAGGGCAAGAUCGUGUCGUGGGUGAAGUCUGAGGGGGAUCGCCUCUCCAAGGGCGAGAGCGUUGUCGUUGUUGAGUCCGACAAGGCUGAUAUGGAUGUUGAGACUUUCUAUGAUGGUAUUCUUGCCGCCAUUGUUGUGCCUGAGGGAGAGUCCGCCCCCGUUGGUGCCCCUAUUGGCCUUCUUGCUGAAUCCGAGGAUGAGAUUCCUCUGGCAAAGGCUCAGGCGCAAUCUCAAUCCAAAUCUGAAACUCAAUCCCAAGCCCCACCACCUCCACCUCCUCCUCCUCCUGCUGCUGAUGCUUCCCCUCCGUCUUCUCCUCCCUCUGCUCCCGCUCCGGCUACGGUGGCUUCUUCGAGGACGGUCAUCACGCCGUAUGCGAAGAAGCUGGCGAAGCAGAACAAGGUGGAUAUCGCCACUGUAGUGGGCACUGGACCGUACGGGAGAAUCACACCUUCCGACAUUGAGGCGGCCGCUGGGAUCCAGACCAAGAAACCAGCUCCUGCAUCCCCAGCGUCAGCUGCUAAUGGCGUUGCUGCUGCUCCUGCUGCUACUGGGACUCCACCGGCUGCUAGAGUGCUACCGGAGAUCCCUGGUUCGACUGUGGUGCCAUUCACUACGAUGCAAUCGGCCGUGUCCAAGAACAUGGUGGAGAGCCUCUCAGUGCCGGCUUUUCGUGUUGGAUAUCCCGUAACAACUGAUGCCCUUGAUGCUCUCUAUGAAAAGGUGAAGCCAAAAGGUGUUACCAUGACUGUUCUUUUGGCAAAAGCUGCUGCAAUGGCACUUGCACAGCAUCCUAUUGUGAAUGCUAGCUGCAAAGAUGGAAAGAGUUUCACUUACAAUAGCAGCAUUAACAUUGCAGUGGCAGUGGCCAUUGAUGGCGGCCUCAUAACUCCUGUUCUUCAGGAUGCUGAUAAGUUGGAUAUAUACCUUCUUUCACAAAAGUGGAAGGAGCUGGUAAAGAAGGCCCGCUCGAAACAACUUCAGCCAAAUGAGUAUAAUUCAGGGACCUUUACAUUAUCCAAUCUUGGUAUGUUUGGGGUGGACAGAUUUGAUGCUAUUCUUCCUCCAGGCCAGGGUGCUAUAAUGGCUGUUGGAGCAUCAAAGCCCACAGUUAUGGCUGACAGUGAAGGAUUUUUCUCUGUUAAGAGUAAAAUGCUGGUGAAUGUCACAGCAGAUCACCGGAUCAUCUACGGUGCGGACUUGGCAGCCUUCCUCCAGACAUUUGCAAAGAUCAUUGAGGACCCUGACAACUUAACACUCUAAUUAGUUUAUGUUGACAAACUCCUCUUUGGCCAACCAGUGCGGCCGCCGGCCACCGGAGAUCUGUGCAUGGGGUUUGAGUUUUGCAGCCAAGUAGAAGUCUGUUUUGUGUUUUUUACCUGAGGAGUAACUUCUCAAAAAUGCAAGAAAUGACAAUUUUUCAUUUGGAAACUUUUCAAUCAAUAAGUCCAGGUGGCCUCUUGUCAUUUGCCGUGGACACCUGCCUAAAGUGAAAUUUUUAGCCUGUUCCUCUUUUAUUAUCUUCAGGUGAUUUUUUUGUUGAACA